GCGCAAAUAGUCGGCGCGGCGCAGUCGGACUCAGCCCCGAGGCGGACCAGCCGCGCGCGACUCCCGCGACUCGACCGACCAACCGCACCAGUGCGCGCGUUACCCUAGACCUCCCGUGCUAGUGCUGUGAGCCAGUGACUGUGAACGAACCGAACCUGACCACCGGAGCCCCUCCGCCCAGUGCCCUCGUCGUCUCCAGCCACGGCGCAGGCUCACCACGAGCGACAUCAAGGUUAUAAGGAAGAAACCUGAGGCACGUCAGACCUGGCCGCUGAGAGAUCAGCGUCAGGGUAGAGACUAUUACACGCAGGCAAAGAUACCCAGUCAAGAUUCUACCGAAAGGAUCAUUGGUGUCUGGCGGUGGCAGUGGGUGGCCGAUGAGGCGGCGGCGGGCACCAUGAGCUAGCGGGCAUGGGGGGCGAGGGCGCGGGCCGCGGCGCCGCGCGCUGGCCGGUGGGCGACUCGCCCCCGCGCGCGACCAUGGGCUUCGCGGCGCCCGCGCAGGACGCGCCGCUCGACCGCGGCCUGGCGCCUGCGCCCGCGCCGCCGCCCGGCCAUGCGCAGCUACAGCGGACCCACUCCAGACCCACAAUGGACCUCCAGUAUUCGAGGUCGAUGUCGUCGCUGCCGCCGGAGCCGUUCAUGAUGAUGCGCGCGAAAGCGCUGAGCAAGCGCGUGAUCAUCAACGUCGGCGGCGUGCGGCACGAGGUGCUGUGGCGCACGCUGGAGCGGCUGCCGCACACGCGGCUCGGCCGGCUGCGCGACUGCAACACGCACGAGGCCAUCACGGAGCUCUGCGAUGACUACUCGCUGCAGGACAACGAGUACUUUUUCGACAGACAUCCGAAGAGCUUCAGCUCGAUCUUGAACUUCUACCGAACCGGCAAGCUUCACCUUGUGGACGAAAUGUGCGUGCUGGCCUUCAGCGACGACCUGGAGUACUGGGGCGUGGACGAGCUGUACCUCGAGUCCUGCUGCCAACACAAGUACCACCAGCGCAAGGAACACGUCCACGAGGAGAUGAGGAAGGAAGCCGAGAGUCUGCGUCAGCGCGAGGAGGAAGAGUUCGGCCAGGGCACUUGCGCGCAAUACCAAAAGUGGCUCUGGGAUCUUCUAGAAAAACCCACCACCAGUAUAGCUGCUAGGGUGAUCGCGGUGAUAUCGAUUCUCUUCAUCGUGCUGUCCACGAUAGGGCUCACUCUCAACACGAUACCCCAGAUGCAAGUGUACGACGAGAAGGGCGCGCCCAUGGACAACCCGCAGCUGGCCAUGAUCGAGGCGGUCUGCAUCACGUGGUUCACGCUCGAGUACGUGCUGCGGUUCAGUGCGUCGCCGGAUAAGUGGAAAUUCUUCAAGGGCGGACUCAAUGUGAUAGACUUACUGGCGAUCUUGCCAUACUUCGUAUCUCUCUUCCUACUCGAAACGAACAAAAACGCGACGGACCAGUUCCAGGAUGUCCGUCGCGUCGUACAAAUCUUCCGUAUUAUGCGAAUCUUGCGUAUCCUCAAACUCGCUCGACACUCGACCGGGCUCCAAUCGCUCGGCUUCACACUCAGAAACUCAUACAAAGAACUCGGAUUGCUCAUGUUGUUCCUCGCGAUGGGAGUGCUCAUAUUUUCCUCGCUGGCGUACUUUGCCGAGAAGGAAGAGCCGGGGACUAAAUUCAUAUCCAUUCCGGAAACGUUCUGGUGGGCCGGCAUCACUAUGACCACAGUCGGAUACGGUGACAUUUACCCCACGACCCCGUUGGGCAAGGUCAUCGGCUCAGUAUGCUGUAUUUGCGGCGUGUUGGUAAUUGCGUUACCCAUCCCCAUUAUCGUCAACAAUUUCGCCGAGUUUUACAAGAACCAGAUGCGGCGCGAGAAGGCGCUGAAGCGGCGUGAGGCGCUGGAGCGCGCCAAGCGAGAGGGCUCCAUCGUGUCGUUCCAUCACAUCAACUUGCGCGACGCCUUCGCCAAGAGCAUGGACCUCAUAGACGUCAUCGUCGACACAGGACACAACUUGUCGCAGGGGGACGCCAAUAGCCUGGAGGGCGAUGGGCCGGGUUCGACCGGCUGCUAUAAGCAGUACGAGCACGCCGUCAGCAAUAAGCUCCAGCAGAGUACUGACCCCAACCAGUCACAGUUUCAGAGCAGCCCUCAGAAAGAGCGCCGCUACUCGACCGAGGGGCCGGACUCGCCGGAAAAACGCUUGCUCAUAAACCCCGAACCGACGCCAGAAAAGAAGAUGGCUGACAAACAGUUAGACUUGGAUCAGCUGCCUUCUGAGUUUGAGUGUUGUUUUUGCACGUUCAAGGGUUACAAGGAGUUCAUAGACGCGGAACAACUGAUGCCAAUGCCAACGUCAGACCUGCGGCAGCCCGUGUGCGUGGAGCUGGCCUGUCUCCACCGUCACCCCGCACCGCGCGCAUUACCCGAGGCCACACCGAACAGCCUUGAUAGCCCUGAUACAUUUGCAUCAUGCCUUACGCACCCUUUUCCUUCAGAGGGCGACAUCACGUGCGAGAACGACUCAUCAAACUUGUAUGUGAAUCCUCUGGACGGUAGCAGUGGAGGCAGCGCGAGUGGGGGCGGAGCGACAGAGUUUAAGGGUGUUCGCAAGAGUGCGUCCGGGGACGGGAGCGUGUUGUGUGCGAAAAGUUCUCAGGGGGAAAGUCCGCGCGGCUCACGAGGGAGUCUGUCGCCGAGCGGAGUGAGCGCAAGCGCGAGCGCCGGCGCCGGCGCCGCGGCCGCCGCGGGGCCCGCGCGCCUCGACGCCUCGCGCACCAGCCUGCCGCAGCCCAUCGACGAGCCGCUCGCCGCCCCUGGCCUCCCGUUUGACGACUCCAAGCCCAAACACAGAAAGGCACGUUUCCAACAGGAAUGGGCGGAGGAGGAGAAGAGACCUCCGAGAGGGAUAGCCACGAGGAUAAUCAACCACCACAUCCUUUUUGGUAAGAACGGCAAGGCGCGCGGCGGUGGCGGGUGGCCGCACGAGGGCGACUCGCGCGCGCGCUCCAUCCUCAAGAACAAGGAGCGCGGCACCGACAGCGAGCUGCUGCUGCAGGACUCGGGCUCCCUAGGACCUAACUGUGAUUCGGGCAACGAGUCGUCGCCUAUCCGGCUGAAAGACUUCAAGGGGCAGAACCAUAAGGCGGGCGCCUUGGAGAGAGAGAAUCUAGUCACAUAGUCGGCGUACUCCCGCCCGCCAUCCUAGUCACAACUAUAACAUAACUACUAGCGCAAUAACAAUAUUGAAAAUAUUCAAAUAAUUUUAACAUAUCAUUGGGCGAUUGUGACUGCUUGUUGAAUGUUAUCAUUUCGUAGGAUUAUAUAUAAAUAUUGUAAAAAUAUUACUUAAUGUAAUAGUCGUUCAUUCCAAUCGAAAAGUUGAAGGUACCUAUUUGUUAAGUUUUUUUACGUGCAAUUAUUAAUUGCUAAUUCUAAUUUAAGCGAUAUAGUUUGUACAGCAUAGUUGAUGAAAAAAGAAGCAAUUAUUAAAAUUAAAGAUUUUCUGAAAUUGUUA